UCAAAAGAAAAGUUCGAGUUUACGCAGAUGGAAUUUACGACCUGUUCCAUGCUGGACACGCGCGUCAGCUCAUGCAAGCAAAGAACGCGUUCCCGAACAUUUACCUAAUUGUCGGAGUCACGAGUGAUCAACAGACACACAGCAAGAAAGGGAGAACCGUAAUGAGUGAAGACGAGCGGUACGAAGCCAUUCGACACUGUCGUUACGUCGAUGAAAUAGUUCGCGAUUGUCCCUGGGAAAUCACUGAAGAAUAUCUGAUGAAGCAUAAGAUGUGGUCACUCAUCCGGACGGGGGUCGCCCGGAUCGCGGCCUCCAGCAUUACUCCGUCAACCAGCGUUCGAUUUCCCUUGGCAACACUGAAGCCAUUCCCCGCCCGACCAGUGUUUGGGUGGCUCAACACCGUGUUCAACAAAGUCGACGAGGAACGGGUUAAGGAAGUGGGUCCGGAUUUGGCGGCGGCCGAGUGGCUGCUGAGAUGCGGCGCCGGCGUGAAAUGGUCGGGCAGCUCCAGGCUUACCAAGGACUACAAUCACUUGCCCGCGAAAGACGCCGGCGGCAGGAUUGAAGCCAUAGACGCCACGGAAGCCUGUGUUAUGAGUGUAGGGUUCCCGCAUUUGCGCGGACUGGAGGCAAAACGGUCAACAUUGCUGGAGAAAUCAGAGAUGACAUGCCUUGCGCUUUUACGAGAAUUAACGGAACUUGCCAAAACCCAACGAAUUUUUGCGACGGAGUUUACGAAAUUAGCGCUCUUUUGUGCGGCGAGGUGGACACGAAAACUAGGGCUUGUUGCUACUCUUCCAGCAAAGGAAAUGCUUCUCUGCGUCUUGAUUUCUUGGCAUGGACAUUGAUCUUAUUCUCCGCAUUUGUGGCUUACUGAAUGCCGGCCUUGGGGGAGGACUCCGGAAACUGUGAACCAGGAAACACAUUUUUAAAAUAUUUUCUAGCCCAGUUUCAGGAAAUACACAUGUUUUUUUUUAACGCUCGGAUAAGAGAAGAGCAGUUUCCUGCAUUCGUGUCCAGCAACGAUAAGGAUAUGGUAUAACGCUGCGUAAGAAAGAUUCCCAACACAAUUUUCUUGGGUUCAGUUUUAGACUGUACUUAAUAUUGUUUGAGUGAGAAACGCUUCGCCGAAGAAAUGGGUCCAGUUUUCAUUUUGCUCCUGGUUUUCAGCUGCUACAAUUUUCCGGCAGGCGUAGAGAGCAAUGAAGAAAUUGCCUGCGAAGUAAAUGGGGGUAAAUGCGUUUUGCUGUCGGCUACUUGUGACGGAAUAACAUUGACAGGUGACAUGUGCGGAAAAAGCAAGGCCAAAAUCUGUUGCCAACCAGGUGAUCAUGAUAAACAUUUCACGGAGAACCCUCAUUCCGGAACUGAUUCAAUAGGUUCCGGAAGCGCUCACGCGAGCAAUACAUCCACACGGAUCUUCUGUAAUUAUUUGACCUUUUUGUUCACCACAAUUGCAGUCGCGAUGUCUUGGAAAAUGACGUGAAUUUUGUUUUCAACUUGAUGGUGAAAUCACUCCAUCAUUGAAUUGCAUGCCUGCCAAAGUGGGAAAGAUAUAUUUUCCAUUUCUUUUGAACAGUGCAGUAUCUAAAUAAAUCCGCAACACUCUGA